CUAUCGACUGAGUUCGCCUUUGCGAGCAGGAGCAGUGGAUUCCCCAUCGUAUGUUUAGACCUUUAUAUUAUGUUAGGUAGAUCACCUCAAGUUUGAGUAAUAGAAUAUAGACGUUUCUUGGCAACAAACAAAAAAAAAAAAAAACAACUAAUCCAAUAAGAAGAAGGAAAGGUAAACGACAAAAUCUAAAAAAACCUACUUCCGGUUUCAACAAUUUAUCUGCAGCUCCCUUGCUCUGUCCGAAACUCUUUGAUUUGUAAAUUGAAAACGAUCCUAUGGGUUUCUCGAAAGAUCACUUGCUUGCCCGACUUCAGGAGCUUCAGAUUGAUUAUUCCAAGUAUGAACAUCCUCCUGUUCUAACAGUCGAAGAGCAGGCUAAGUAUGUAAGCAGUAGCGAGGGUGCACUAAGUAAGAACCUCUUUUUGAAGGACAAGAAAAAUCGAUAUUACAUCGUUUCAGCCAUGACAGAUACAAAAGUUGACAUGAAAGUUUUAUCUCAGAGACUCGGUCUGGGAAAAGGAGGAAUAAGAAUGGCUCCUGAGGAAGCACUUUCUGAGCUUUUGCAGGUAUCCCUUGGAUGUGUUACUCCGUUUGCAGUUGUAAAUGAGUCAGCAAGAGAUGUGUCGCUCUUGUUAGACCAAAAAUUCAAGAACCAAACACGCUGCAUCUUCCACCCAUUGUCUAACGACGUCUCAGUCUCUCUCAACACAUUGGGUCUAGACAAGUUUCUUCAGUCGAUUGGGAGAGAUUCUGUAUACAUUGAUCUUGAGGCCAACCCAGUGGUUGGUAAAGACCAGCCUCCAGAUCUAGCUGUUUAUGUUCCGUCUAAUUCAGUUGUUGUUCCUGAGCUUCCUACCAAGACAGCUUCUAUUCAAACUGCUUCAAAGAAUGUGUCAGCAGAGAAAACUAAGCCUGUUGCUUCAGCCAAACCGAGCAAGCUAGCCGGUAAUGGGAAGAGUGCCGUGGAAGAUUCAGCUCUACUAGUAUUCAAGAACCCUGAGAAAUUCGUGGAGGAGAUUUUGGACAAAACAACGGCUCUGUUGUUGUCUGAGGGGAAGGGAGAGAAUGUGGAGGCUUUAGCAGAAACAUUUAGGAAACGUCUUACCUCAGAGUUUACCCACCUCGCUGUUAUGUACAAAAACACAGCUUACAGUCAAGGUUUUUACGCCGGUACACAGUCCCAACCGAAGCGACCCUAAGAGAAGGUUCGGUUUUUAUGCUGAACCGGAGAUAAUUGGAGAGAGAACAUUUUACCGAUUUUACUCGUUUUCUGCAUUCUUCUUCGCUUAACAGUUUUAGUUAAGACUGAACGAGCUCGAACCAUUAUUGUUUCCCGAUACAGUAUUUUUUUUUCCCUUUACCGGAUAUAAUUGGAGAGAUACACAAAUGCUUUUGCAUCUCACUAAAAUUGCAUAUUAUAUGGGCCUCAAGAGCA